AUGCAGUCAGCACUGACCGUUCUCUUCAUGCUGCUCUUCUUGCUGCUCUGCCUCCUGGGGAUGCUGGCCAACGGCUUCAUUGUGCUGGUGCUGGGCAGGCAGUGGCUGCGGUGCGGCAGGCUGCUGGCCCUGGACACGAUCCUCAUUAGCUUGGGUGCCUCUCGCUUCUGCCUGCAGUGGGUUGGUUUGGUGCAUAACUUCUACUACCGUAUCCACUUUGCCGAUUACAACUGGAAUCUGUCCCGACAGCUCUUCGGUCUACACUGGUACUUCCUGAACUCAGCCAACUUCUGGCUUGGUGCCUGGCUCAGUGUCCUGUUCUGCCUGAAGAUUGCUAACAUCACCCACCCCACCUUCCUCUGGCUCAAGUGGAGGUUCCCAGGGGUGGUGCCUUGGCUCCUGCUGGGCUCUGUCCUGGUCUCCAUCAUCGUAACCCUGCUGUUCUUUUGGGGAAACCACACUCUGUAUCAAGAAUUUUUAAUUAGAGAAUUUUCUGGGAACAUGACCUUUCAAGAGUGGAAGAAGAGGAUGGAAAUUCACUAUUUCCUGCCCCUGAAACUUGUCACACUGUCAAUGCCUUUGUCUAUUUUUCUGGUGUCAAUGGCACUGCUGAUUUGUUCUCUGAGGAGCCACAUCCAGAGAAUGUGGCAGACCAGCCACUCCCUGCAGGACCACAGCAUGGAGGCUCACACCAGAGCUCUGCAGUCCCUCAUCUCCUUCCUCAUCCUCUAUGCUCUCUCCUUUGUGUCCCUGAUGAUUGAUGUUGCAAAAUAUUUUUCUUCCGAGAGCCAGUGGUACUGGGUCUGGCAGAUUAUAAGCUAUUUUACUAUAUCUGUGCAUCCCUGCAUCCUCAUCUUCAGCAACAUCAAGCUUCGAGGCACGUUCAGGCAGCUACUAUUGUUGGCCAAGGGCUUCUGGGUGGCCUAA